AUGGCUACGGACUCUAGAACUCAUCAUCAUUCAGGUCAUCCAGGUCAUCCAGGUCAUGAUCAUCCAGGUCAUCCAGGUCAUGAUCAUCCAGGUCAUGAUCAUCCAGGUCAUGAUCAUCCAGGAAAAACAGUGGUGGGCUUCCAAGGAAGCAGUUACAAUUUGCCGCGAUUGAAAGACCAUAAUAUUGAUGUCCGUUGCCGGACUAAAACUUUCGUCUUGGACAGUCCGGCUUUAUCUUGGUGUGCGACUAACGGUACUGCCAUGACCAAGAAGAACCCGGCUCGAGUCCAGGUGUUGAAAGCCGGUACAAUGCGUCUCGUUUUGGAACUGGUUGACGACGAAGGUGUCCCUGUUCCUAAUCAGUCAGUUUCUGAGUUAGCACUUUUGCGUGUGUCCUUGCCUAUGGUCGACGUGGAUUUGCUCAAGGAAUUGUACACCAGUACCUUUCGUACUCUUACCCAGGCGCCCCCCGACGAGUACCCUACCAUUGCUGUCGACCAGUCAUGCAUCUGCCUACCCAAACCUCUUGUACCUUGGGAACCCACGCUCUUCCGUAUCCGCAUCCGGAACUGCUGUACUCAUGGCUUGCCCGCCAGCUUCUCGCUCAACUGCCUCUCCGACUCCGGCCA